AUUCUUCAAGCUUCUUUUCUCUCUACCAAUCUCAAUAUGAUCCUUAAAAUUUCUAUAAAAAAAGGGGUCAAAGGCCACCCCCACAAUCUUCGGCAGCGACUCUGCUUCUUCAAUGUGUAUAUUUCGGAUCACCACUCCUCCAUAACUGCUCAUGAUCUCAUACUCUCUCCAAAGAUUUCAACUUCCUUCAACAACCCAUCACUAAGAGCUUCUACGAAAGACGAACCCAGCUUCUCUUUUGUUUUGUCUUCUUUUGCUUGUGGGUCUUUUAUCUAAUCUGUCGACAAAAAGGAUAAUUUGUCACCUUUUCUUUUCUUAUCUUUCUUUUCAAGACAGAUUCUGUAUUCCCUUUUCUUCCUUUACAAUGGGUAUCUUUCUUCUUUAAUCUUUUUCUCUGCAGAUAACAAACCCUUUUGUGUGUAUGUUUGUGGGUGUGAUUUGGGUCAGUUUUCGUUAAUGUUGAUGAUUUGAUGUCUUUGGCUGCUGGAGCUGUGGCUAGUUCGAGUACCAACAUGGGGCUUGAUGGAAACGAAAAUGAGGGUUCUGCGGAGAAAACUGGGAAUUUGGAAACUGAAACAUCCCAUCAAGAAGGUGGUGAUGAUUCAUCACACAAAUAUAAGAGGCAGAUGAGUGAGAGUUCCAUGGAUGCAACUGAUCAUGACGAUGAAGAUGAUGAAGAAGGCAACAAGAUUCAGCUUGGUCCUCAGUGCACCCUCAAAGAACAACUUGAGAAGGACAAGGAUGAUGAGAGCCUCAGGAAAUGGAAGGAACAGCUUCUAGGAACUGUUGAUUUUGAAAAUAUUGGAGAAACUCUUGAACCAGAUGUGAAAAUUCUUAGUCUGUCAAUCAUCAGCCCAGGCAGACCUGACAUUGUCCUGUCUGUUCCUGAGGAUGGAAAACCUGAGGGAAUAUGGUUUACUCUGAAAGAAGGUAGCCAUUACAACCUGAUGUUCUCUUUCCAAGUUCACAACAACAUAGUUUCUGGCCUCAAAUACAUCAACACUGUCUGGAAAACUGGUGUCAAGGUGGAUAGCUCAAAAGAGAUGCUUGGGACCUUCAGUCCUCAGCCAGAGUCCUACACUCAUAUGAUGCCAGAAGAGACCACUCCAUCAGGAAUGUUUGCCAGAGGAUCAUAUUCUGCAAGAUCAAAGUUUCUUGAUGAUGAUAACAAGUGCUACCUGGAGAUCAACUACACCUUCGACAUCCGAAAAGAAUGGGCUGCUACUUGAAAAACUCUGCAGCAAUCUGAAAUCUCUCAGCAACUCUCCGCGUUCGUGAGUUUGCUUAAUUAUCAUUUCCAGAGUUAAUUUUAACCACUACAAUGGAGAAGGAGAAAUUCAAUUGGUAAUGCUUUUAAUAAAUGGAGAGCUUAGCCUGUGUUUCCAAGUCAUCAAAUUCAGCAUGUCCAAAUCCUGAGCAGGAGUGGAGUCAUCUGGAUUGUUGAUGAGCAGGCUAGGCUCCAUUUAUUUAGUUGGUAGCAAAUCAAUGGCAUAUUAGGACUUAUUGAAGAUUUUAGAAAGCAAUGUAGGUAACGGGUUUGAUUAUAUUUUAAUUCCUUGUUUGUUUCAAUUCUUUUGAUGAUGUUAAAUGCUGAAGUUAGUUCAGACAUACUCUUAGCCAACCUAUUCUUAAAUUCUUUUUGUUGUUUCUCCUUGAA